AUGAAGAUUGCGCUGGUGAUUGCGUUUCUAGGCCUUGCUGUCGCCGAGGACGGGCUGGCUGCCUGGCUGCGGUAUGCGCCUGUCCCCAACGCAGAACCCUACCACAACCAUUUGCCAUCGGUAAUUGUGCCUCUGAAUGCAACACAGCAAAGCCCAGUGUACACUGCUGCUCGAGAGCUACAGGACGGCAUUGGUGGAAUAUUUGGCAAGCGACUCACCAUCGAAGCGGACACGGACGACCAGACUCUGCCAGCUGUCACUGUGGGCACGGUCACUGCAUACGCGGAAGAAGGCGGCGACAUCUCUGGCUUGCCCGAUCUCAUCGAAGACGGCUUUUAUCUCGAGAUCUCAUGCGGCAAUGUCCUAAUUCUUGGACAGAAUGAGCGCGGGGCCUUGUAUGGGACGUUCCAGUACCUCGAGCGACUGGCUCAAGGGGAGGUCUUGGACACCUCAUUCGCAUCCAAUCCUGACGCGCCGAUCCGAUGGGUUAAUCAGUGGGAUAACCUGCAAGAUGGCGGGACGCAUGGGAGCGUGGAGAGAGGCUACGGCGGGGACUCGAUCUUCUUCUGGGAUGGCCAAGUUCGCGAAGACCUCACGCGCGCGGGCCAGUAUGCGCGCCUGCUUGCAUCGAUCGGAAUCAACGCGGUCGUCGUCAAUAAUGUCAAUGCCAACGAGACGAUCUUGACUGCCGAGAACAUGGAUGGGCUGGCGAGGAUUGCGGAUGCUUUCCGUCCGUAUGGCAUCCAGCUUGGUCUGUCGUUGAACUUUGCAUCACCUCAGUCGCUCGGCGGACUGGACACCUUUGACCCGUUGGACGAGGAAGUCAUCACCUGGUGGGAGGAUAUCACUGACGAGCUCUACGCGAGAAUCCCCGACAUGGCCGGGUAUCUGGUCAAGGCCAACUCGGAAGGCCAGCCAGGGCCCUUUACCUACAACCGAACGCUGGCCGAUGGAGCGAAUCUCUUUGCGCGCGCCCUACAACCUCACGGAGGCGUCAUCAUGUUCCGUGCAUUUGUCUACGACCACCAGAGUCUCAAUCAGACGUUGGACUGGAAAGCCGACCGGGCCAAUGCGGCCGUUCAGUUCUUCGACGGUCUUGACUCGGAGUUUGAAGACAACGUGGUGAUUCAAAUCAAGAACGGGCCGAUUGACUUUCAGGUCCGCGAGCCGGUCUCGCCGCUCUUCGCUCACUUGGCCCAGACGGGCAGCGCAGUUGAGCUCCAGGUCACGCAGGAGUACCUCGGACAGCAGUGCCAUCUGGUGUACCUCGCGUCGAUGUGGAAGGAAGUGCUGGACUUUGACCUCCGCGUUAACGGCAAAGACUCGGUUGUUAGCGAUAUCGUCAGCGGGAAGAGACACAAUAAUACACUGGGUGGCUACGCGGGUGUGGUCAAUGUCGGUUUGAACUCGACCUGGCUAGGAAGUCACCUGGCCAUGUCGAAUCUCUACGCCUACGGAAAGCUCGCCUGGGAUCCAUCUGCAGACUCGGCGGAGAUGUUGCAGAGGUGGAUCAAAAUGACCUUCAGCCACGAUCAAGAGGUCGUCGAUGUAAUCACGCAGAUGUCGAUGGAGUCAUGGCCGGCGUACGAGGACUAUACCGGAAACCUGGGUAUCCAGACCUUGACCGACAUUCUCCUCGGCCACUACGGGCCCAAUCCAGCCUCGCAAGACGGCAACCCUUGGGGCCAGUGGACACGCGCAGACGCCGACAGUAUCGGCAUGGACCGCACCGUGUGGAACGGCACAGGAAAUGCAGGCCAGUAUCCGGAGGAAGUGUACGAGAUGUACGAGAACAUCGAAACGACACCCGACAAUCUGCUCUUGUGGUUCCACCAUGUGCCGUACACCCAACUCCUCAAGGGUGGAAAGUCGGUGAUUCAGCACUUUUACGACGCGCACUACCGGGGAAGCGCGGUCGCCCAGACUUUCGUCCCGCUGUGGGAGAGCCUCAAGGGAAAAAUCGACGAGGAGCGGUUUGACCAUGUGCUCUUCCGGCUGGUGUACCAAGCAGGCCACUCCCUCGUCUGGCGCGACUCAAUCACGACCUUUUAUCACGACAAGUCCAGCAUUCCCGACGAAGCCGGCCGAGUCGGAAACCACCGGUAUCGCAUUGAGGCCGAGGACAUGGAGUUGGAUGGUUACGAGCCGUAUCUUGUCAGUCCGUUUGAAGCGGCGAGCGGCUCGUACUGCAUCGUCACGGCGGACAACUCAACGGAGGGCCGGGCGUCGGUGGCCUUGACGGUGGAGUCAGGAACGUACAACGUUGCGGUGAAUUAUUUCGACCAAGCGAUCGGCAACUCAACAUGGCAGCUGUUUCUGGACGACGACUUGAUAGGAGAGUGGAAGGGCGAUCUGGAAUAUAUUCUCGGUCGGGCGCCUUCCCCGUACAUUGAUGGGCAGACAGCGACGCGGAUCACGUUCAAGGAGGUCUAUGUCGAGAGUCGGAGUACACUGACCAUCGUCGGAGUCCCGGAUGGCAAGGAGCCAGCGCCCGUCGAUUACAUCUCGAUUCUGCCCGAGGGCGUCAUUGACUGA